CCAACAGGCGUCUGCCCUUGUUAAUUACCAGAGAAACCUACCGGGGAGCUCCGUCUGGGAUUUGCGGGUCUGCAGCGGCUCUAGGCUCCGGUUUCUCCUUUAUCCCUCUCGCUGCCGUCCAGGUGCACGUCCUGCCUCUCGUAGGAUGGACAUGAUGGACGGCUGCCAGUUUUCGCCUUCUGAGUACUUCUAUGACGGGUCCUGCAUCCCAUCCCCCGAGGGUGAGUUUGGGGACGAGUUUGAGCCCCGAGUGGCUGCCUUCGGGGCGCACAAAGCAGAGCUGCAGGGCUCAGACGAAGACGAGCACGUGCGAGCGCCCACCGGCCACCACCAGGCUGGUCACUGCCUCAUGUGGGCCUGCAAAGCGUGCAAGAGGAAGUCCACCACCAUGGAUCGGCGGAAGGCGGCCACUAUGCGCGAGCGGAGACGCCUGAAGAAGGUCAACCAGGCUUUCGAGACACUCAAAAGGUGCACCACGACCAACCCCAACCAGAGGCUGCCCAAGGUGGAGAUCCUCAGGAAUGCCAUCCGCUACAUCGAGAGCCUGCAGGAGUUGCUGAGGGAGCAGGUAGAGAACUACUACAGCCUGACGGGACAGAGCUGUUCCGAGCCCACCAGCCCCACCUCCAACUGCUCCGACGGCAUGCCGGAAUGUAACAGUCCUGUCUGGUCCAGAAAGAGCAGCAGUUUUGACAGCGUCUACUGUCCUGAUGUACCAAAUGUAUAUGCCACAGAUAAAAGCUCCUUAUCCAGCCUGGAUUGCUUAUCCAGCAUAGUGGACCGGAUCACCUCCUCAGAGCAACCAGGGUUGCCUCUCCAGGACCCGGCCUCUCUCUCCCCAGUUGACAGCACCGAUUCACAGCCCGCAACUCCAGGGGCCUCUAGUUCCAGACUUAUCUAUCAUGUGCUAUGAACUAAUUAUCUAAUCUAGAUCAGUUCUGCCAGGAGGGCCUAUUACACAGAGGAGGAAGGAGGCCCCAAAAGUCCUAAACCAAGACGACCUGUAUAUAAAAAUAU